AUAUAGGUCCCUUUUUCCAUGCCCCCUCAUAUAUAUAAUAUAUACUGCUAUACAAUCCUGACUGACCGAGUAGUUCAUAUUUCUCUUACGAUUGUCUAGUCUGACAAGAUUAACAUCACUUAAAAAAUGAUUAUGUUUGUAUUAUAUAGGGAGCGACGGGUGGAAGAGAUGCCUUUAUCAAGCAGUACUUUGGUAAGACGUUUUUUACUCCAGUUUUACCCGUGAUCUGAUUGGCCGGUUUACGUUGCCGUUGGUAACAGGGGUGGAGACAAAGUCGACGUACAAAUGCGAGGAGUGUCCAGACGAACCGGUCACCACGGAGACGGAAACUAGCUACCAAGUGUCGUGUUUUAUUAUUGCUCAGGAUGUGAAGUACAUGUACACAGCUAUGAGGAAGGAAAUGGAGGGGACGGUGAAGAAGAAGUCUGCAGUUCUGGGAAGAGACGCGGACUUCAAGAAGACGUCGCCGCUGAGUCGUCUCCCGGGAUACCUGACAGUCCAGUUUGUCCGGUUCUCGGUGGGCAAGGCCCCCGACAGUGGGGAAACGGUUGCUAGGAAGAUCCUGAAGGACGUCAAGUACACGAUGAAGCUGGACAUGUAUGAAUUCUGCACCACUGAACUGCAGCAGAAACUUAGCCCCAUGAGGACCAAAUUCAAGGAACAAGAAGAGAAAAAGAUGACCCCACCCACUGCAGAGGAGACUUCUGAUGUUCCAAUGGAGACUGCUGACUCAGCAGACCCUCCUCCUCCUCCUCCGACCAAUUAACAAUGACAUCAUCAUGACAUCAUUCCAUCUCUCUUGAUUAGACCAGUGUGACAGCUUCACACACAUCGUGACUAUUGUAUAAUGACUAUUGUGAUGAUGGUGUGUGUAUUAUAACAACACAACCAUAAUUAUGCAA